GAGUUGAUUUCCACUUCCGGUUUCAACUUGACCUGGGGGUCGGGGAGAAAAAGUGAAAAAUGGGGGACAGAGGUUGGGAUCCGUUUAAAACCUUCAAACUUUCAGAAGAAGAACGCGAAUUAAUUGAUAGACGACGGAAAACGAGGGAUAAAUUUAGAGCAGAAUACAGGAAAUUGUAUUCGGAUCCGCGCAGGCCUCAUAUUCUGGAUCAUAACUUUAUGAGAUGGUAUGCCUACAGAAACAACCAGAGUGCCCUGCAUCAACUGACAAAAAAAUCCGUCAUCGGGGGAUUUAAAUACUCGAUUUUCCCUAUUAUAGUUGCAUAUAACGUCUUGAGUUAUGCUUUUGAGAAGAAAGAGGAAGACAUCAUGUCGGGAAAGUUAACUUGGAGACAGAGAGUGCGGGGUGAAGGCUGCCUUGGAGCCGGCUUCUAAUGACUGUCAAUAGACUGUGUUAUUGUUAAAUGUAUUGUAUUAAUAAUAUAACUGUGAAUGAAAAAUAAAACCUGGUUUACUGAC